GUUAAUUUUGUACUUGUGGAAUCAACUUGAGUAUUUGAUGUUAGAGGUGAUGGCGUUGAUUUAUAAACUUCCACAAAUCAGUGCCCGUAUGGCAAACAUGCUGCUCCUCAUCGUGGUGCUAUUACAGGCUGCUCUGCCCUUCGCCCAAGACCAGUCCAGUAUAUUCUCCCGUGGCUUGGCUAAAUUCUCCAACAACGUGUACACCAAGCUUGUAGCAGACAACCCCAAUGACAACAUCAUUUUCUCACCCUUCUCAAUCCAAACCUGUGCAGCCAUGGCGCGCUUGGGAGCCAGCGGCAGAACAGCAGCCCAAUUGGAUCGCGGUCUUAAUCUGAUUUCCAAUAAUGCGGUAGAGAUUGCCGAGAGUUUCCACAAAGUACUAGCAGCAUUCGAAAAAAGUAGCGUUCUUCGCAUUGCCAACAAAAUCUACAUCAAGACUGGCUAUCAGCUGAGGGAUGAGUUUAGUUCACUAAUCUUCAAAAAGUUUCUAUCCGGUGUCGAGCCUAUAGACUUUACCCAAAAUGAAAAGGCUGCACGUGAAAUUAAUUCCUGGGUGGAACAACGAACCGAAAACCUUAUAAAAGAUCUGAUUUCACCAAGUGCUUUGGAUGCAGAUACGCGAUUGGUGUUGAUCAAUGCGGUACACUUUAAGGGAACCUGGGCCCAUCAAUUCCCAAAGAUUGACACCAGAAAUGAAAAGUUUUAUUUGAACAAUGACAAUAGCAUCAAAGUACCCAUGAUGAAAUUGACGAAGAGAUUCAGAUAUGCGGAACUAGAUUUUCUUGAUGCCACUGCACUGGAAUUGCCCUACAAGGACUCGGACUGGUCCCUGCUGAUUUUGUUGCCUAAUAGGAAGACUGGUUUGCCACAUCUGGAGAGGAAUCUUCGCGGAACUCAGCUUUCCCAAAUUAGGAAAGAACUUUACUCGACCGACGUAAUUGUGAAACUGCCGAAGUUCAAAUCAGAAUUCAAGGUGGAAUUGAAAAACACUUUUGAGCAGCUGGGAAUGUCCGAAAUGUUCUCGGAUAAGGCUGAUUUUAGUAGAAUGAUCACAAGUCCGGAGCAGUUAAAAGUGUCGAAAAUCUUUCACAAGGCUGUUAUCGACGUUAAUGAAAGGGGCACUGAGGCAGCUGCAGCCACAUCAAUUGUACUUCUUCCUAAAAGGGGUCACAUAAAACCACUGAAGCCAAAAAAAUUCAAUGCAGAUCAUCCAUUUAACUACUAUAUCAUCAAUAAACAGAGUACUGUGCUCUUUGCUGGAAAGCUACUUAAUCCUUUAAUUUUGUACUUGUGGAAUCAACUUGAGUAUUUGGUGUUAGAGGUGAUGGCGUUGAUUUAUAAACUUGAACAAAUCAGUGGCCAUAUAGCAAAAAUGCUGCUCCUGAUCCAGGCCCUAUUACAAGGCCAAGACCAGUCCAAUAUAUUCUCGCGCGGCUUGGCUAAAUUCUCCAACAACGUGUACACCAAGCUUGUAGCAGACAACCCCAAUGACAACAUCAUUUUCUCACCCUUCUCAAUCCAAACCUGUGCAGCCAUGGCGCGCUUGGGAGCCAGCGGCAGAACAGCAGCCCAAUUGGAUCGCGGUCUUAAUCUGAUUUCCAAUAAUGCGGUAGAGAUUGCCGAGAGUUUCCACAAAGUACUAGCAGCAUUCGAAAAAAGUAGCGUUCUUCGCAUUGCCAACAAAAUCUACAUCAAGACUGGCUAUCAGCUGAGGGAUGAGUUUAGUUCACUAAUCUUCAAAAAGUUUCUAUCCGGUGUCGAGCCUAUAGACUUUACCCAAAAAGAAAAGGCUGCACGUGAAAUUAAUUCCUGGGUGGAACAACGAACCGAAAACCUUAUAAAAGAUCUGAUUUCACCAAGUGAUUUGGAUGAAAAUACGCAAUUGGUGUUGAUCAAUGCAGUACACUUUAAGGGAACGUGGGCUCAUCAAUUCCUAGAGUUUGACACCAGAAAUGAAAAGUUUUAUUUGAACAAUGACAAUAGCAUCAAAGUGCCCAUAAUGACAAUGAGGGAGAGAUUCAGAUAUGCGAAACUAGAUUUUCUUGAUGCCACUGCACUGGAAUUGCCCUACGAAGACUCAGACUGGUGCCUGCUAAUUUUGUUGCCUAAUAGGAAGACUGGUUUGCCACAUCUGGAGAGGAAACUUCGCGGAACUCAGCUUUCUCAAAUUAGGGAAAAACUCUACUUGACCGAAGUAACUGUGAAACUGCCAAAGUUCAAAUCUGAAUUCAAGGUGGAGUUGAAAAACACUUUUGAGCAGCUGGGAAUGUCCGAAAUGUUCUCGGAUAAUGCUGACUUUAGCAGAAUGAUCACAAGUCCGGAGCAGUUAAAAGUGUCGAAAAUCUUUCACAAGGCUGUUAUCGACGUGAAUGAAAGGGGCACUGAGGCAGCUGCAGCCACAUCAAUUUCAUCUAUAGUUCUCUCAAGUAACAUAAAACCGUGGGCGAAAAAAUUCUAUGCAGACCAUCCAUUCAACUACUAUAUCAUCAAUAAACAGAGUACUGUGCUCUUUGCUGGAAAGCUACUUAAUCCUUAAAUGAAAAGGGAAUUUAUAAUAUUUAAUCUAAUUAAUAUCAAUAAACGCAAUCUAAAAGCCU